UCUUUCGCCUUCUAUUUCUCUCUCUACUAUUUUAAUUUAUUUGAAGUUUCUGUCGGAGUUGGGAGAGAAAAGUUUUCAUCUUUAUUCCCCUCCAUGUCCCCACUGUCCUCCACCCCAAUAACUCCUUACAGCCGUUGAUUCCUGAUACUCAUCACAUCAUAUCGUCAGCUCUCCCUCCACUGCAUCUCUGCCUACCUUCUUUUAUUUCACGCCCCUCGGUUAUUUUUUUUCCAUUGUUUUUCUUUUUCUUUCCACUAUUUUACUUGCUUUUUUUUGGGUAAAUUGUAUUGUGAAGUCAAGGGUGUUCUUUUUCCAUUUUAAUCUUAAAUUGAGUGUUACCGAGAGUGAUAGAAAAAACGGAGACUAGGUUUUUCCUUCUAAUUUGGUUUUUGUUUAAAUUCGGCUGCAAUGGAGCCGCGAGUUGGGAACAAGUAUAAGCUCGGUCGAAAGAUCGGCAGCGGAUCGUUUGGAGAGAUCUAUCUUGGUACCAAUAUUCAAACGAAUGAGGAAGUUGCAAUUAAGCUUGAAAAUGUGAAGACCAAGCAUCCGCAGUUGAUGUAUGAAUCGAAGUUGUAUAAAAUACUUCAGGGAGGAACUGGAAUUCCAAACGUGAGAUGGUUUGGCAUUGAAGGUGACUAUAAUGUCCUUGUGAUGGAUUUACUUGGACCUAGUCUUGAAGAUUUAUUCAACUUCUGCAGUAGGAAACUGUCACUCAAAACUGUUCUCAUGCUUGCGGAUCAGAUGAUCAAUCGAGUUGAAUUUUCUCAUUCAAAAUCAUUUCUACAUCGAGAUAUCAAGCCAGACAAUUUCCUCAUGGGUCUAGGGAGGCGUGCAAACCAGGUCUACAUCAUUGAUUUUGGUCUGGCUAAGAAGUACAGAGAUACUUCAACCCAUCAACAUAUUCCUUAUAGAGAAAAUAAGAAUCUGACAGGAACUGCAAGAUAUGCAAGCAUGAAUACUCACCUUGGAAUUGAGCAAAGCCGGAGGGAUGAUUUAGAGUCACUUGGAUUUGUUCUAAUGUAUUUUUUAAGGGGAAGUCUUCCUUGGCAGGGGCUGAGAGCUGGAACUAAGAAGCAAAAGUAUGACAAGAUCAGCGAAAAGAAAGUAUCAACUUCUAUUGAGGCCUUGUGUCGAGGUUAUCCUAGUGAAUUCGCAUCCUACUUCCAUUACUGCCGAUCCCUACGGUUUGAUGAUAAACCAGAUUAUUCUUAUUUGAAGCGCUUGUUCCGAGACCUCUUCAUUCGUGAAGGUUUCCAGUUUGAUUACGUGUUUGAUUGGACAAUCCUAAAGUAUCAGCAAUCUCAGAUUGCCAAUCCUCCUACCCGUGCUCUUGGCUCUGGUGCUGGAACUAGCUCUGGCUUACCUCCUGCAGGUGCAAUUGCUGAUAGGCAGUCAGGUGAAGAGACCAGACCUUCUGGUUGGUCUUCAGCAGAUCCUACACGUAGGAGGCAUUCUGGCCUGAUUGCAAAUUCUGGAAGUUUAGCUAAACAAAAAGGUCCAGUAGCUAAUGAUCUUUCUGCUGCUAAAGAUCCUAUGUUGUCUAGUUCUAAUUUCUUGCGUUCAAGUGGAUCUUCGAGGCGAGCUGCUGUUUCUAGCAGUCAUGAAGCUGCAGCAAUCGCAGUUAGUGGCCCUGAACGCUCUCACUUUCGUGCAACCGAUGCAACUGCAGGGCCUUUCCAGAAAAUCUCCAGUGGGCAAAGAAACUCGCCUGUUUUAUCAUCAGAGAACAAGCGGCCAUCUUCUGGUAGGAACUCCUCAAAUAUAAAUAAUUUAGAGUCUGCUGUGAGGGGCAUUGAAAGCCUGCAUUUUAGAAACGAAGAAAGGUUACACUAUUAGCGUACUACCUACUCAGCCUGCCUGAAUCUCCUGCUGCCAACAAAAUCUAUGAUGGCAUACUUGGAGAAGAAGCUGUUCUGUUUAUUGUGUUUUUAUAAAAAUCUGAGACGAGACGACUGAAGUUGAGAAUUAUAACUGUAAGUAGUAAUAAAGAGAGAAUGAAUGAGGAAGAGUGGGACGUCCAAUGAUAGAAAUUAUAAAACCUAGGGCACGGUACUUUUGUCUAAAUAUAUACAGCUUCCCUUUUUUUAAUCUUUGCUAGCUUCUGUUAAAUGUACUUGUGUAGAUCAUGUAACAUAUUUUAAAAUUCAAACGCAGGCUAUUUGUAGGGUUUUUUUAUAUCAAUAUUGUAAUUUGCUUUUAUUAA